AUGGAUAAACUGCGCUCGAAACUUCAUAUCAAGAACGAAUUGGGGCGAGCGUUGAUCGCCGAGUUCAUGGGAACUGCAUUGCUUUUGCUUAUUGGUAAUUGUGUGGUGGCGCAAAGUGUACUUCCUCGCCCAAAACUCAACGAAAUGAUUGGAGUGAACGUUGGCUUUGGUUUAGCGAUCGCUUUCGGUGUGGCAAUAUCAGCUAGAAUUUCAGGAGGCCACAUCAAUCCGGCUGUGUCUUUGAUGUUCCUAACUUUCCGCCAGUUGGCGCCAGUUCGCUUCAUUCUGUACACGCUCGUGCAGACAGCCGGCGCCUUUGUUGGAGCGGCUCUUUCCUAUGCUCUCUAUCACGAAGCUAUCAAUCAGUUCGAUGGAGGUAUUAGAGCUGUGGUAGGACCGAAAGCGACAGCCGGUAUCUUCGCCUCGUAUCCGGCCAAUCAUCUCGGCCUCUUCAAUGGGCUCAUCGAUCAGAUCAUCGCUACUGCUGUAUUUUGCUUCCUCAUCGCUCACAUUACCGACAAACGAAACUCCUAUCCUACCUGGAUCCAACCACUCCUCGUCGGACUGUCCUUUGUCGCUGUUGGUACUGCUUUCGGAUUUAACUGUGGUUAUCCGUGUAAUCCAGCCCGGGACUUUGGACCUCGACUAUUCACACUGAUUAUUGGAUAUGGUGGAGAAGUGUUUUCUUACAAGUCAUGGUUUUGGGUACCGAUCGUUGGUCCUUUCAUUGGUGCCAUUCUUGGAGCGUGGAUUUACCAACUCACCAUUGGAUUCCACACACCACAGGAUGUUGAAGAGAAAUAUGUGGUUUUGACUGGUAAUCAAGAACUGAAGCCUCUGACCGGAAAGGACGGAGAGGAAGCAUAA